UGUUAUUCAGACCCAUAUUCAAUUCCAUUUGUGAUAGAACAUAAUUAACUUGAACAUGGGUUCCUCUGCUGCAGAUUCAGCAUCGUGGUACUGUGCCAUGGUAUUGCUGGCCAUGAUACUGUUGGGGUCAAUAAGGGAAAGCACCGUGGCAGAAGAAGAAGGUGAGCCUAUAAAAGGGAACAACCUCCGUCAACGACCGUGUGAUGAAAUAUACGUUGUGGGAGAAGGGGAGACCCUGCACACCAUCAGUGACAUGUGCAAUGACCCGUUUAUCGUGGAGCGGAACCCACAUAUCCAUGAUCCCGAUGAUGUUUUCCCCGGCCUUGUCAUCAAAAUCAUCCCCAUCCACCAAUACUAAAAAAAAAAAAACGAUUCAAGAGGUACAUGGAGGUUUUGUGUUUGAGAUUUUACAUUGACUAGAAACCAUCAUAGUGUAUAUAAGUGAGGAAAAGGAGGAAAAUAUAUUCAUAAUUGGUAGCUUAGCUUCCUAAUUUUUGUUUUUGAGCUUUUGUGCCUAUUUAUCUCUUGUUAUGUAGAUAACGCUUCUUCGGGUUUCAUUGUUAUUAGUUUAUUACUACUGGGUUUGUGAAUUGUGACCCGUUGACGAAUAAUUAAGUUAUGAAGAUAUACAGUUUCGAUUACUUCAGUUCAGCCAUGGAUUCUCCAAUGGUAUACUGAUAUUUCUGUAUGUAAAAAAUGAAACUGUCUCAACUGUCGACUGAUAGCACAUCUAGCUGCGAAUUCAGUGUAAAGAUCUUGUGCUUGAUUGUUGUAAAAAAUAUUAGUGUGCAACAAGGAUGAUAAUAAAAUUUGAACUUAGAAUUCCA